AUGGAUCAACCCAUCACUUUUCUAUUUCCAUCGCAAUCCAAGGAGUGCCGCCAAUCUGUUCCACAAUAUGAUUCUACUGAUGAUUGUUAUUUUAUGGGUACUUUUGCUGAAAUUCAAUUUGAUCCUGAUGAAGAGAACAUCGCAUUUGACGUGAUGAUUAAAUCUGAAGAGCUGAUAUUACAUGAAGCAAUUGAUCUGGUUGACAAGAACAAUGAGUUAAGGGUGAAAUUUCAAACUUCCUCCCUUAAUAAUGAGUUAAAGGAGUUGCGAACUGUUUCAAAGGAAAUACAUGUUUUGUUUGUUCCGGACGUCAAAACUACUUGCGAAAAUGUAAACUUGAAGAUUGAGGAACUUGGAGUUGAUAUGGCGAAGGAAAUUUUAGCUCUUGGUCACAAUUAUUCUUCUCUUCAUUCGAAGGUAGACAUAAUUGUUGAUGUUGUUACCAAGGUGGUUGAAUAG